AUGAACAACCAGACUCGGGCCUCAGCCCCCCUUCCGGCCCGGACCUCCGCCUUGGUCCGGGCUCCGACACCGGCCCGGCCCUCGAUCCCGGUCCGGUCCCUGACUCCGGCCCGAACCUCGAACCAGGUCCGGUCCCUGACUCCGGCCCGAACCUCGAACCAGGUCCGGUCCCUGACUCCGGUCCGGUCCCUGACUCCGGCCCGGCCCUCGAUCCCGGUCCGGUCCCUGACUCCGGCCCGGCCCUCGAUCCCGGUCCGGUCCUUGACUCCCGCCAGGCCCUCGAUCCCGGUCCGGUCCCUGACUCCAGCUCCGGCCUCGAUCCGGUCCCUGACUCCAGCCCCGGCCCCGACUGCGGUCAGAACGCCGAUCCUGGUUCGGCCCCCGACCCCGAUCCCGACACUGGUCCGGCCCCCGACCCCGACCCCGACCCCGGUCCGGACCCCGAUUCCACUCCAGGCCGUGACCCGGGGCAGAACCCCGACUGCGAUCAAGCCCUUAACACCAAUCUCAUCCGCGAUCCUGGUCCCAGUCCUGCUCCCGCCCAAGGCCUCUGACCUGAAGUCCUUACGGAGCUCCGCCCUACCCUUGGGGCCACGCCUCGGCAAGGCUCUCCCAUCAAUCACCAGUGGAUCCGGAACCACGCAAGAGCCCCUUCCUGAGCUCGCUCCAUCGGCCACUGAUUUACUGGGGCCCACUCUCACGUCCGCCUUGGGGGCAGAUCCAGUGGACACGAAGUUGACUGAUUCCACGGCUGGACCUAUCUCCACGCCCAUCCUGGGGACUGCCCCCUUGGCCACUUCCUUACCUAUUUCUGCCAACACAUUUGCCUCCACCAGCCAGUACUUAGAAGUGGACAACAAGAUCCUAAUUAGAGUGAUCUACUGUGGCCUCUGAAGCUAUAACCUCCGGUACAUUCUACUGAAAAAGAGUCUGGAGCAGCAGUUUCCAAAUUGUCUACUCUUUGAGGAGGACAUAUCCGCACAGGCUACUGGGGAGUUUGAAGUGUUUGUGGAUGGAAAAUUGGUUCAUUCAAAGAAGAAAGGUGAUGGCUUUGUGGAUGAGGCCAGGCUGAAGAAAAUUGUGAACGUUAUCAAUGAAGGGAUCCGGAAAAUGUAGCAGGCAACUGGUGAGCUGGAGAGAAAGAGAAAGGAAGAGGGGAAGGGAGA